CAGCGCUACUCAAUAGAACAGCAUUUUUCUUGUACAGUUGACCCCAGUUCCCUCCUCUAUAAUACUCCAUUUCUGAAAGGCCCCCAUUGCCAAUAAUAAUCUCUCCAGCUUUUCUGUCUGAAUUUCCUCAGGCCCCAGGUGAAAAAUGGGAAGUAGAAUCAUUCUUUUCGCCAUCUUUUCGGUGUUGGCGAUUGCGUCUUCCUCAUCAGUGAAUGCAGCCACUGCUAAAUCUCCAAUUUCCAGUCCAGCUCCAGCCCCAGCCCCAGAGUAUGUGAACCUCACACACUUAUUUUCCUUUGCUGGACCAUACAAAAUCUUCCUUGGCUAUCUGGAAUCAACCAAAGUGUUGGACACUUUCCAAAACCAAGCUAAUGAUACCACAGAGGGCAUUACCAUCUUUGCACCGAAUGAUGCUGCCUUCUCCAAGCUUAAGAACCCGUCGCUCGCUAAUCUUACCCAAGACCAACUUAGAUCAGUCUGCCUUUACCACGCCUUAGCACAUUACUACACCCUAGCCGAUUUCCAGAAACUCAGCCAAUCAGGGCCGGUUACCACAUUUGCUGGUGGACAAUACAGCCUAAAUUUCACCGACAACAGUGGAACAGUGUUGAUCGACUCUGGGUGGAGUAAAACAAAAAUCAGCAGCAGUGUUAGUGCAACUGAUCGCGCUGCUGUGUACGAAGUCAACAAGGUCCUCCUUCCCGAAGCGAUUUUUGGCACUGAUAUUCCGCCAACCUCAGCACCAGCACCGGCACCAACUCCAGAAACAGCACCUACCGCCGACAGUCCUGCUGCUGAUGGUGGAAGUAAGUCCGCCCCUGCUUCUUCAACUAAGCCAUCUUCCUCUUUCAAGAUCAGCAGCUUGAGUGCAUUAACUCACUUGGUUUUCGCGGUCGCAAUUGGAGGAUUUUUAUUUUUGUGAGGAUUCAUUUAUUCAAAAGUUUAAUUUAUAUUGACAGAGAGGAAUACAUUCAUGCCUGGUCCGCUUUGCAGUGUAAUUUUUUUGUGUGACAUUGAAUUGAUUCAAAAGUGACUAGCAGUUUUUGCUGGCGCCAUUGUUUAAAGACCCCAUUUUUUUCAUAGUGUUAUUGUAGGUUUGUGAUAUAUUUUGAAUGGUGGGAGUUUAAUUUGCGUUCUUGAUUCCUUUGUUCUGAAAGAAAGAUUCAACUUUUAGAUUGAUGUUUUUUUUUGGGAUAAAAUACACUUCCUCGUUUCUACAA